UUCAUCAAGACAAAAACAAUUGUUUACAAAUUGCAAUUUGAUAUUUGUCCGUUUUGAAUAAUUUGAUUUAAUUCAAAAUGAAAUUUAUAAGCCUAAGCGGUAAUCCUAAUUAUCCGUGUAAUGUGAUUAAAUUCAAAUCUACACAUAUUAUGUUGGAUUGUGCAUUGGAUUCAACAACGGUUUUAUCGUUUUUACCAAUGACAUUAGUACAUAGUAAUCAUUUCAAUUCAUUACCAAGUUGGAAUGCAACCAAAGAAUUUACUGAUCCGUUAUUGGAAAAUGAAAUCAAAGAAUGUUUGGGUAAAAUUUUUGUGGAUAGUGCACCGGAAUUCUGUUUACCAGAGUUUUCUUGUAUCGAUAUGAAAAAUAUCGAUGUAAUCCUGAUAUCAAAUUAUCGUUCAAUGUUGGCAUUGCCAUUCAUUACGGAACGAUCUGAUUUUUCCGGUUUCGUAUAUGCAACUGAACCAUCAAUGAAUCUUGGCCGAUUGUUUAUGGAAGAAUUGGUCACCUAUAUUGAACGAAAUCCAAAACUUAAACGUGCAACAGCAUGGAAAAAUUUAAACAUUUUUCAACACUUACCAUUCCCUUGUUUUCCUGAUUCAAUUUUGCCCACCGUAUUGGAAAAUAUCUAUUCAAUGGAUGAGAUUAGUAGCUGUCUAUCUAAAGUGAAACCAGUGGCUUUUUCGGAAAAAAUUUGUAUUUUUGGAUCAUUACAUUGGUAUCCAGUCAGCACUGGCUAUUGUCUUGGAUCAAGUAAUUGGAUUAUUGAAAGUGCACAUGAAAAAAUUGUCAACAUCUCUAGUUCAUCCACAUAUACGACUCAUAUUCGUCCUAUGGAUCAUGCACCACUUAAAAAUGCUGAUCUAGUGAUUCUUACCUCACUAUCAUUAGCACCGACAACAAAUCCAAAUACACGGCUAAAUGAAUUCUGUGAUCAUGUUGAGAAAACAUUGAAAAGUGGUGGCAAUGUUCUUAUUCCAUGUUAUUCAUCUGGAAAGAUUUAUGAUCUUUUCGAAUGUCUCAAUGCGCAUCUUGAUUCCGUUAGCCUUGGUGGUAUACCGAUUUUUUUCAUAUCACCAAUUGCUGAACAUUCAUUAGCAUAUUCAAAUAUAAUGGCUGAAUGGCUUUCUGAAUUGAAACAAAAUCGUGCAUUUAUACCCGAGGAACCGUUUCCACAUGGUCAACUGGUUAAAAAUGGUCGAAUCAAACAUUUUGUCAGUUUAAGUGAAGAAUCAUUUAAUAAUGAAUUUCGUAUGCCUUGUAUUGUUUUCACCGGUCAUCCAUCAUUACGUUUUGGUGAUGUUGUUCAUUUUAUUGAAUUAUGGGGUUCUAAUCCAACCAACAUGAUUUUGAUGACUGAACCAGAAUUUCCUUGUCUCGAAGCAUUAUCACCAUAUCAACCAUUAUCAAUGAAAAUAAUUUAUUGUCCAAUCGAUACACGAUUAACAUUUAUUCAAGCAAAUAAAAUCAUUCGAGAUAUUAAACCAAAAAAUCUGGUAUUACCAUAUCAAUAUACUCGGCCAUUUUCACAAGCAGAAAGUCAUAAUAAACAACCAUUUGAAACAAUGAUUGAAGCAGAUUGUAAAAUGUUUCCAUACCAUCGAAAAGAAACGAUAAAAUUACCAAUCAAAUGUAAAUAUGAAAGAUUAUUGGUCGAUUCUGAGCUUAUAUCAUCAUUGACAACACAUGAAAUUGCUGAUGGUAUUAAAAUCACAACAAUCACCGGCAUUCUUGAAGCUAAAGACAAUAAAUUCCGAUUAGGACCAAUAACCAAAAGUUAUCGAAAUGAAUUUCGUAGUCAAAUGCCAACACGAACUUUGCCACCGAAUAAAUAUCUAAUCGGUAUGAUUGAUAUGAAUGAAUUAUUACGAUUAUUGGCACAUCAAGGCUAUCUGGAUAUUGUAUUGAAUAAAUUUGGUGAUAAACGAUUUCGUAUAGAAAUUCGUUCCAAAGGAAUUACCAUCGAUAUUGAUGAUGAAACCAAAUCGAUAAUGAUUACAGCUGAAGAUUGGCAAAAUGAUUGCCGAUUAGCAAUACGUAAAUUAUUGGCAAAAUGUCUUAUUGAAAUUUGAUUGAUUUUAUUAAAAUGAACCGAUGAAUUUUGAUUAAAACAAUCAAAUUAAAUAAAAUUAAAUGAAUUUUCAAAAAAAAAUUCAAGUAUAAAUAUUCAACAAUUUUUGCCACUUAGAUCAAGCUUAAUAAUAACCGAAAUUUUUACAAUAAAAAAAACAAUAAGCCAUGAUGAUAACCGGUACUGGUCUUUUUGAACUGCCAAUAACAAUUAUCGGAAUUAUUGGUGCCAUUCUAUUUGCAGUGUUGUUGUUGACUUUAAUGUUGUUCCAUCAUUACGUUGACAAAUAUUCGGCGUGCAAUAAAUUGACCGAAUCGCAAAAAUUAUUGAAAAGAUCAGUGUCGCUAACAACAAAAUUGUCAAGAAAAUCGUCACCAAAAUUGUCAAAAAAA